AUGGGUAGAGAAGAUUUGCAAAAAGUUAAACUUAAAAUUGGUAGUAUCGUUAAAAAUCAAUGGCAGAUAAUACGCCAAAUUGGACAAGGUGGCUAUGGUAUAGUUUUCCAGGUGGUUAAUAUACAAAAUCCAAUACAAUUUGCAGCAAUGAAGACUGAACCAAUUGGUAUGCUAAGCGAUGAUCAAAUACUAAAAAUGGAAGUGCAUGUUUUAAAAAAACUCAACAAAUCACAACAUGCAUGCAAAAUUUAUGCAGCUGGAAAGGGUGAAAAUUAUUACUUUUUAAUAAUGACCUUAUUAUCAAAAUCAUUAUGCGAUUUACGAAAAAAUUGUCCAAAACAGCGUUUUACGCUGUCAACAUCGGCGAAAUUAUGCAUGCAAUGUUUGGAAGGAAUUGAAGAUUUGCAUAAUGUUGGAUUUAUUCAUCGUGAUGUGAAACCAUCAAAUUUUGCUAUGGGACGUAAACCAUCAGUAAUGCGUACUGUAUUCAUGCUUGAUUUUGGCUUAGCUAGACAAUAUUGUAUAUUUGAUGAAAAAGGUAAUAUGAAAUUACGUGAACCACGUAAAACAGCACCAUUUCGUGGUACAAUACGAUAUUGCUCAUUGAAUGUUCAUCGUCGUGAUGAACAAGGACGCCAUGAUGAUUUGUGGUCACUUUUAUAUAUGACUGCUGAAAUGAUACUUGGCGCUUUACCGUGGCAUGGUAUGGAUCGAAUACAUACUGAAACUUGUAAAGCAAAUAGUGAGGAAAAACUUAUUUCCAGUUUACCGAUGGAAUUUCAUGUUUUCUUGAAGCAUCUUAAAAAGCUAAAUUACAAUCAUAAACCAGAUUAUAAUCUGAUAAAAUCAUUGCUGAAACAAAUCUUAAAAAAAGAAGGCCAUUGUUUAAUUGAUCCUUAUGAUUGGGAAUUUUACGGUCAAAGUUCAUCAAAAUUCAAACCACCGUAA